GGGAUGCACGCCGGGAGCUGUAGUUCUCAGGAGAGGCAGUUGGCCGCCUCAGACCCGGCUCGGGCCUCACCCGGAUGGCGGCUGCCACGCGUGGCUGCCAGCCCUGGGGCUCGCUCCUCCUCGCGCUGCUCGGGCUGGUGUCGGCCGCGGCCUUCGCCUGGGACUUGACUUCGCUACGCUGCAACUUCGGCACCUUCUGCGAAUGUGACUUCCGGCCCGACUUCCAGGGUCUGGAAUGUGACCUGGCCCAGCACCUGGCGGGCCAGCACUUGGCCAGGGCGCUGGUGGUGAAAGCACUGAAAGCUUUCGCGCAGGACCCAGCCCCGACCAAGCCGCUGGUCCUCUCCCUGCACGGCUGGACAGGCACUGGCAAGUCCUAUGUCAGCUCCCUCCUGGCUCACUACCUCUUCCGGGGUGGCCUCCGCAGCCCGCAUGUGCACCACUACUCCCCCGUCAUCCACUUCCCCCAUCCCAGCAACAUGGAGCGCUACAAGAAGGAUCUCAAGAGCUGGGUCCAGGGGAACCUCACUGUUUGUGGCCGUUCCCUCUUCCUGUUCGAUGAGAUGGACAAGCUGGCCCCAGGCCUGAUGGAGGUCCUGCGACCUUUCCUGGGCUCCUCCUCGGUUGUGUUCGGGACCAACUAUCGCAAAGCCAUCUUCAUCUUCAUCAGUAACACCGGUGGUGAGCAGAUCAACCAAGUGGCGCUGGAGGCGUGGCGCCUCCACCGGGACCGCGAGGAGAUCCGCCUACAGGAGCUGGAGCCGGUCAUCUCCCGGGCUGUGCUGGACAACCCACACCAUGGCUUCUGGCGCUCGGGCAUCAUGGAAGAGCAUCUCCUGGACGCUCUGGUGCCCUUCCUCCCGCUCCAGCGGCACCACGUGCGGCACUGUGUGCUCAACGAGCUGGCCCAGCUGGGCCUGGAGCAAAGGGAUGACGUGAUCCAGGCUGUGCUGGACAGCACCAUCUUCUUCCCUGAGGACGAGCAACUCUUUUCCUCCAACGGUUGCAAGACUGUGGCUUCCCGAAUUGCCCUCUUCCUCUGAUGCUCCAGGUGGCAUUUCGCCCUCUACCUGGCCUGGCCAUGCAGGGAAGCCCUGAGGCCACUGUCAGAGGGACCCUUGUCCAGAGCCUCUGGAGAGUGGGACCCAGAGCACAAAUUGAAGAUGAAGAUGGUAGGCCAUAGGACAGAGGGCCAGAGUGGGCCUCGGCCCCUUAACUGGUCUGAGGGCAUCUUGGCCUUUGCUUCCCCAGGGGAAACCUCUGGUCACCCCAGAACCUCAAUGAGCCUUGACCUCACCCUCCAGCCCGAGCCUUCUUAAAAUGUGAAUCGUAACUCAGGGACUGUGGCUUGUGGCUGCUUCCUCCCUCCUUGGUCUUUUACCUUGGCCCCUUGCCCUGGCACCAUACCCCAACCUUCCAUCCCACACCCUAUGUCCCGGUAUUGUAAAGCCAGGCUGAGACGUCUCAGUCUCCGUGAACGGAGGGACUCAUGCUGCCAGUUGGGCCUGGUUUUUUAAAUUUUUAAUUUUGUAAAAGAAGAGAAUACAAUAAACUAAGCCAUGGGACCAGA